AUGGCGUCCUGGAUUCAACGGCAAAACGGUUCCCACCAGGCGCAGCUCGCUGCAACCGCGGUGCUAUCCGGAGCGGCUGUCGCAGGCGCAAUCCUCGGCCUCCAGAAAUUUCGGAGACGAGAAGCUGUGAAACGGUUGAAGGCGUCUAUACCGGCAAUUGACGAGAGACACCGCGCGGAGAGCCUAAAUGAAUAUGGCGCCGCAGCUCCGGGGCCGUACUGGAGCAAGGAGGACGAGCGCGGUGCAGCUCUUGCGCGGAGGGCGCAAGAGGGAGAUUACGAUGAAGAACUUAUCCUUGAGCAGCUCGCCCGUAACCGUGUUUUUCUAAAGGACGAGGGUCUCGCAAAGCUCCGCGAGGCGUUUAUCAUUGUUGUUGGGUGCGGAGGUGUCGGGUCGCAUGCUGUUGCUUCGCUGGCCCGAUCGGGCGUCUCCAAGAUUCGCCUGAUCGAUUUCGACCAAGUCACGCUUUCUUCUCUAAAUCGACAUGCUCUCGCUACUUUGGCCGAUGUCGGAACGCCCAAGGUACACUGCAUCCGCAGGAGACUGCAGCAGAUUGUACCGUGGGUGCGGUUCGAUUGCCGCAACGAGCUCUUCGGCGGCUCCGUGGCUGAUGACCUGUUGGCACCGUGGUCGUUGAAUGAUGCCGACAAGGGACAGAAGCCUGUCUACGUGCUUGAUUGCAUUGAUAACAUCCAAUCAAAGGUUGAACUGCUACACUACUGCCACACGCACUCGAUCCCGGUGAUCUCCUCAAUGGGCGCGGGAUGCAAAUCAGACCCCACUCGUGUGAUGAUCACAGAUAUCUCAGUUAGCUCAGACGACCGACUAUCACGCAGUACACGGAGGCGGCUCAAGCUCUUGGGAGUAACCGGCGGCAUCCCAGUUGUGUUCUCCACAGAAAAGCCCGGCCCCGGCAAGGCAACUCUUCUGCCCCUCGCGGAGGAGGAGUUUGCCAAGGGCCAAGUAGACGAGCUAUCAGUACUCCCGGAAUUUCGUUCUCGAAUUCUUCCUGUGCUUGGAACAAUGCCUGCCGUGUUUGGAUAUACCCUUGCGAAUCACGUCAUUUGUGAGGUCUCUGGGUACCCAACAGACUACAGCAUGGGUGGUAAGGGCAAAGACAAGCUUUACGACACCAUUCACGCGCAGCUACUCGUAUCUGUUGAACGUCUCACCCGGGCGGAAAGUGAGUCUGGCGCUCAACCUCUGGGGUUGCGCCUACCAAUGAGCAGAGACGAUAUCAUCUACCUCGUUGACGAGAUCUGGCGCGGCAAGAGUGUCGUUACUGGGCUUCCAAGCCGUCUAGCACUCACUCUUUGGCAGCGACCUGCCAAUGGGUUCAAACCGGAUCCUCUGUGGGCGAAAGAAGGGCAGAUUUGCGUUCCGUUUAAGCCGGAGGACCUGGUGCUUAUGACGAAGGAGGAAGCCACUCGCCAUGAGAAGGAAGUCCUUCUUGGUGGAAAGAAGGUCGAAGAGCUCUACAGUGAGGAGAUUAUCCAGAAAGUAAACCAGCGCCAGAAGGAGAUGGCGUACUACGAGCAAUUCCGAUGA